ACUGCGCCAAGGUUCAGCGGCGACGACGACCAUUUCCCCACGAGUCCCUGCCUUCUGUUCCACUUCGAUUCCCACAGCGCCUCUGGAGUGAAAAUUGCAGGGUAUAGCAACUAGCCAACUACAAUCAUAAGGCCAAACAGAA